GCGCUAUUUGCAGUAGAAAAGGACGCGCUUGGAACCAAACCGAGUAGAGCCGAGUAGUGCUGGAGCUUUGUAGUAGACAAGCGCCUUUAGUCCAACCCGGCGAAACUCCAAGUCAUAAACUCCAAGUCAUUAAGGCGACAGUUUUCUCGUAAUUACGAAUAUUUUCCGCGGUUAGCGGUAGUAGCUAGUUGUUGUUAGCUUUUUGCUAACUACAGAUGCACAUUAAAACCCAACAUUUGAUUGUUAAUCAGCGGAGCUGCUUUGCUGAAGUCAUGGAUGAGGAAGUGUUUGUUCUUAAGAGUUGAAUUACUGUUAUAGACGUGCUCCGAGUUGCUUUAUAUACACAUUUUAAAUAUACAAAAUGCCUGGGAUGGUGGUGUUUGGGAGGCGGUGGGGAAUCGCCAGCGAUGCCCUGGUUUUCCCCGGAGCCUUCGAACUGUUGGUUCGUUUGCUUUGGUGGAUUGUGACCUUGCUGCUGUUUAACUACCACAAGGGCAGCUUUGACUGUAAUGGCAGAGGAGUUCUUCACAGCUACCUGGUCGGACUGUUGGUUCUUCUGGCACUCAUCAUCCUCUCGCUGUGCGCGAUUGUCUACGUCAGUGCUCAAGGCACCAUUACAAACUCUGGACCUCGCCGCGCCAUCCCUACCCUGGUGUACCUGCGAGCUAUUUUGUACAUCCCCGAGGUGGUCUGGGCUUGUUUGGGGGCCGCCUGGGUGUCUGAUAAUAGCCAAAGCUGUGAUCCUGCCACAGUGGGCGUGGUCAUUGCAGCAGUAAUUGCCAGCUGGGCCAUCCUGCUCUUCACGGUGUUAGGAGUAGUAUUUGUGUUUGACCCACUGGGUAACCUCCACCCCCAGCCUGCUGCUAUGGAGCCGCUGGGAGUGCGAGAUCUGGAGAGCAGCGAGGGCACCCAGUUCCUCUACACAGCUCAUUCACUGGCAGUCAAGGUGUGGGAGAACAGGCUGCGUCUUCUGUGCUGCUGCCUGCCGCAGGAUGAAAGCCACCGGGCAGCGUUCUCCAGCAUUGCACAGCUCUUUGCCGGCUUCUUCUCCGACACAGACUUGGUUCCCAGUGACAUCGCUGCUGGUUUGGCUCUGCUGCACCAAGAGCAGGAUAAGAUGGAGCGAAGCAAAGACCCGGAGGUUAUCGUCACCCACAGCCCUUCCUCUCCCAUCGGGGAGGACUUGGAGACGGAGCUGGAGAAAGCAGCCCACUGUAUGCAGUUUGCUGCAGCAGUCUAUGGCUGGCCCUUGUACGUUUACUCCAAUCUUCUUACCGGACCCUGCAAACUCAGCGGAGACUGCUGUCGGAGUCGCUCUGCUCAAUACGACAUCGUAGGAGGCGACCACCUCGGCUGCCAUUUUUCCUCCAUCCUGCUCAGCACCGGUUUACAUUACAGAGAUUUCAUCUACGUCAGCUUCCACAACCAGAUCUAUGAGAUCCCCUUCUUUGUGGCUCUGGAUCAUAAGAGGGAGUCUGUUCUGGUGGCUGUCAGAGGAACGCUGUCACUGAGGGACGUCCUGACGGACCUGUCUGCUGAAUAUGAGAACCUGCCGAUAGAAGGAGUCUCUGGAGGGUGCUAUGCUCAUAAGGGCAUGUGCCAGGCAGCAGGUUACAUCUACAAGAAGCUCAUCAAUGACGGCAUCCUGAACCAGGCUUUCUCCAUUGCACCAGAGUACAGACUGGUCAUCACUGGUCACAGCCUGGGCGCUGGCACGGCUUCCCUGCUCGCCAUCCUCUUGCGCAAUUCCUACCCCACCCUGCGGUGCUAUUCAUUUUCAACACCAGGGGGACUCGUGAGCAAAGCUCUGGCUGAUUACUCCAAGGACUUUGUGGUCUCAGUCGUGCUGGGAAAAGACCUGGUUCCCAGGUUGAGCAUUCCAAAUAUGGAGGAUCUGAAGCGAAAGAUACUUAAAAUUGUUUCAAACUGCAACAAGCCAAAGUACCGCAUCCUGCUGCAGGGAUGCUGGUACGAGCUGUUCGGAGGUGAGCCAGAAAACUUCCCCACCGAGAUUGACGACAGGAGGGAGGAGGAGCUCAGCCGGCCGCUGCUGGGGGAGGAGUCGCUCAUCAUUCACCACUCCUCGUCCUAUCAGAGUUUGGCGUCAGACGAUUCGCCGGCCCACGCAGCCACCCAUACUCCUCUUUUCCUGCCAGGACGCAUUCUAUACAUCACAGAAGAAGGGCCGUCACGGAGGUCGUGUUUUUCCCAGGUCCGGUACCAUGCAGAGUGGUCCAACGAGAUGGCGUUCAGGACCAUUCUGGUCAGCCCCAGGAUGAUUGCGGAUCACAUGCCCGACGCUGUGCUCCAUGCACUCAGCAGUCUGACCAGCGAGCGGAGCUUCUCUCUCUGCCCGUCGUCAUUAAACUCCAGCCGCCACAGCGCGGUCUGAAACCUUACGUGGACUGAUCCGUCGUCUUCGCACAGAAUCGCCCCAGUCUUUGAGGAACACCUGGAAACGUGUAAUGAUUAGUGGAGGAAAAGGUGUUCUGUUUUUUAUUAUGUUACUUGCACUUAAUUUAAAUAUUUUCUGUGAAUGUGUCUUUGUGAAUGACUUUGUGGGCAUCAGUGUGCCGUUACGGCUGAAUGUGUGGCCUGAAUUAAUCAGCAGUGAUGCACUUUUACUGAACUGUCGGUGUUCCUUAUUUUGUGUGUGUGUGAGUGACCGGUCACCGAAAGUGUCCAAUGGCGCCCUCCUCGUUUGUGGGAGUUAAUGAUGGUAAAUUUAAUCCAGGAUGUAUUUGGGUGCAGAUAUUUAAUCUGGAGUGAUAAACUCUUCUUUUCUGUUUUGAACGUCAGGGUGAACAGUGCCUACGCGUCCCAUAAACAUCAGCUUCUACAGGCAAAAACAAAGUGUUGUGUGUUUUCAGGACUUUUUUUGUUUACAGCAUUUUUCAUUUGAUGCAGUUUGACUCGUGCACGAUGUGAGAACGAUUGUACAGAACUGUUAGAUGAAAAUGUGUACUUGCUGUGGAUUUUGGUUCUUUUUAACUUCAGGUAAAUUGAUGCUUAUAAUGCAAAUUACUCGCCUGAAACACUGCAGUGGAGUUCUGGUUGCAAUUGCAAAUAAAAACUAAAGCACACUUCUAAUAUUUGUUGUAAAGCAGUUUCUGAGUUCAGUGACAUACGAUUUUAAAAUUCCUAUGAAUUAUUAGAGGAUUUUUGUCAAAAUAAUGAAUAGUUCAUUAAGAAUAGCCUUUUAUUAUUAUUUUCCCCACUGCCCUUACUAGCCCUUGUUUAGCAGGUGACGUCACUCGUAACCAAGGCGUGCUGCCUUCAGGCUCCUAAUCUUAAAUUUGGAAACGAGUGUAUCUAGUUUCCUUCCUUAGGAUUGAUCAGAUUGUGGAUUUUUCCAUUAGUGGGUUUUGCAGAAAGUCAAAACACAGAAUAAAAGCAAA